AUGUUCAAGUUCAAAAAUAAACUCAAGUUUGGGUCUUCAAAUGAUAAGCAGCAGCUGCAGCAGCUGCAGCAAUCACUGAGUCACAAUCAUCAUCAUGUAUCUGGCAAUGGAUCAGUAGAAUCAACACCACCACCUCCUGCAUCAACAACCUCUAAUGAUGUGUUACUGACACCAAAGAGAACUCCUUCUGACUCGAGAAGGACUAUAUCUGUCAAUCAAGUUAGCAAUGAUGUGUCCAAGCUAUCAGUCAAGGAUGAUUCACCUGACAAACAGUCGACUUUGCAUAGUAGUGCCAGUAGUGGAAGGAACGUGUCUUCUUCGGGUGACAACAAUACUGAUAACCAAAUUUCACCACAAGCAGGGGUUUUGCAACCAACAACUACUGAUUCGAACAUCACUACAGACUCAUCAAAUUACAACAAUGGCUCUCCCUCUUCAUCGCAUCCAACCUCAGUGGGUCAGGCAACGUCUGCCGCUUCUAACUCUAAUGACACCACAAAUGCAGCAGCUGCAACGGGAGCUACUGCAUCCCCCGGCUUACUCACGGUUAAAAUAUAUGGUUCACAAAAUAUCCAAUUACCUAUAAAGAUAAACAACAACAAACAGAUUUUACAUGCAUUGGCUAUAAAUUCAAGUAGUGAAAGCGUUGGACAACAAUUGAUGAAAAAUAUGGCAACUGUAGAAAAGGAAAAUGAUGUGGGUGAAUUUAUACAAGGUGCAAAUGCCACAAAAUUAUUGCCAUCGAUAAUCACAAUCCCCAAAUCAGAAAAUCUAGUCAAGUCAUUGCUUUACUUGACCAUUGAGUUUGAGAAUAACGUUUUGGUUAUUGAGCCACAAAAGGGUACAGUUAAUCAAUCGACUUGGAAUCAAGUUGUUUCCUUUGAUGUUACAAAUAAGUCACUGAGCAUCAAUAGUAACUCCCAGUUUUUAAAUUUGAACCUAUUCAUGAGAUUACCCAACGUGUUGAUCCCAGACUCCGAGAAACAUCGCAACAAGCAGUUAUUUACAAAUUAUCAGGUCGAUAGUGCUAACAAAUCAAUGACAUCAAACUCAUCAAACACAUCAUCAAGUUCACAAGUCAACAUCGGAGAUUUGCUUAUCGGUACAAUCAAAUUACCAUUGAAUACAAGAUCACACACUCAGCAAGUGAGAUUAAUGCACCAUGAAUAUUUGAAAUUCACCAACUACAAUGCAGUCCUUCUGGAUGCAAUACGUCAGGAUAUGGGUGAAAUUAUGUUGACUAUAGAGUAUAAACCGUUAACCAAAAAGCAUCUUUCAAUUGAUGAUUUCGACUUGUUGAAAGUCAUUGGUAAAGGAUCGUUUGGGAAAGUUAUGCAAGUGGUUAAAAAGGAUACCAAACAAAUUUAUGCUUUAAAGACAUUGAGAAAACAACACAUUGUAUCUAGACUGGAAGUCACCCAUACCUUGGCUGAACGAACAGUGUUGGCUAGGAUUACCAACCCUUUCAUUGUUCCUUUAAAAUUCUCAUUCCAAUCACCCGAAAAAUUGUACCUUGUACUUUCAUUCAUCAAUGGAGGAGAAUUGUUUUGGCAUUUACAAAGAGAAGGCAAAUUCAGUAUGGAUAGAUCUCGAUUCUACAUUGCUGAAUUGUUGACUGCAUUGGAGAGUUUGCACGAAUUGAAUGUCAUUUAUCGAGAUUUGAAACCAGAAAAUAUCUUGCUUGAUUAUCAAGGACAUAUUGCUCUUUGUGACUUUGGUUUAUGUAAGCUAAACAUGAGCAAUGAUGACAAGACAAAUACAUUUUGUGGUACGCCAGAAUACCUUGCACCUGAACUUUUAUUGAACCAGGGUUACACUAGAAGUGUUGAUUGGUGGACAUUAGGUACUUUGUUGUACGAAAUGUUGACUGGGUUACCACCAUUUUAUGAUUCUGAUGUGCCUACAAUGUACAAGAAAAUCUUGCAAAACCCAUUGCGAUUCCCCCCAUUUUUGGAAAAUACCGAUGCUCAAGAUUUAUUGAUUAAAUUGUUGCAAAAAGAUCCUCAAUAUCGAUUAAAUGAUGCACAAGCUAUCAAGAAUCAUCCUUUCUUCAAAGACAUUGAUUGGAAUAAAUUGCUAAACAAGAGUUAUUUACCUCCUUUUAAACCAAAUGUUGAAAAUUUGUUAGAUACGUCAAAUUUCGAUCAAGAUUUCACAAAUGAAAAGCCUCAAGAUUCAGUUGUUGAUGAUUUCUUGACUGAAAGUGUACAAAAACAAUUUGGAGGAUGGACUUAUAAUGGUGAUAAUGUGCUAUGA